ACGAAGAUGUAUCAGUCGUUCUAGAGACUUGCGCUACUUGCAACUUGAAGCGCACUAAUAGAAACACGUGGGAGCAUGAGCGGAAUAGUGCUGCUUUCUUUGGUGUCCUUGGCCGCGGCUACGCCGAUAACCUUCGGCCAAGAUGGAAGGCAUUACAUGUUGCAGUUAUUUAGCGGCCACUAUGGAAUUGAUCGAUCUGAUCAGGAAAUCUCCGGUACUUCCGGCGGCGGAGGUGACUACGGAGGUGGCUAUGGAGGUGGCUAUGGAGGUGGUUAUGGAGGUGGUGAUAUCGGGGGUGGCCAUGGGGGUGGUUUCGAAGCUAGUUCUGCUAGCGGGCAUCUAGAAUCCGGUGGUAGUCUCGAGAGCAGUCAUCAGGAUUUCUCUUCUGGCGGAUUCGAUGGUGGUCACACUGGUGGAGAUGGUGGCCAUGGAAUCUCACUGGACAGCGGACAUAAUUAUGUUCACAGUGUUCCUGUUUCUGAGCAUGUUGAAGUGACAAAGCCCGUUGCUAUACCAGUCUACAAACACAUUGGUGUACCGGUCCCGAAAUCAGUGCCGAUACAUGUGCCGCAUCCAGUAGCAGUUGGCAUUCCGCAACCUUAUCCCGUUCACGUCCCCGUACCGAAGCAUAUUCCCAUACAAGUCGUGAAGACGGUGGCGGUCCCGGUAGAGAAAAAAGUGCCUUACCCUGUGGAGAAGCACAUACCGAUACCCAUCGAGAAGCCAGUUCCCAUCACAAUCGAGAAACACAUCCCCGUUCCAGUCGUGAAGCCAUAUCCUAUCAAGAUUCCCGUUUACAAGACUAUUUACCAUCACGCGAAGAAGCAUAUUGUGCUGUUGGGAGUUAUCACAUGUUCUUACAGUUCCGAUUGGAACUUUGGAAAUCAUGAUGACGGUGGUGGACUUACGCUGGGAGAAAUUUCUUUAGAUCAUUAUGGCUUGGGAGGAACAGAAAGUCAUUCCUUAGAUUUAUUGGGAGAUCAUUCACCAAUAAAAAUUAGUGAUUGGCACUUGGCCACCAGCGGUCAUCACGGAGUCAAUAUCAUUCCCAAGGUUAAACAUAUCGGGAUACCGACGGUUCAGAAAAUUCCGAUCAAGAUACCACAUCCGGUAGUGGAAACGGUCCCGCAACCUUAUCCUGUUCCUCUGGUAGUUCCGAAGCCUGUACCAUUCCAGGUGGAAAAGCAGGUAAUUAAAACCGUCGAGAAGAAGAUACCGACGCCUGUCGAGAAAAUAAUUCCGGUGAAAAUCGAGAAGCCGGUACCAUUUCACGUGGUAAAACAUGUGCCUGUACCGGUCGAAAAGCCAAUUCCGAUCAAGAUUCCGAUCUACAAGACCAUCGUGCAUAAAGUCAAUCGGUCUUUGGAGGACAUAGUCAUUCAAUGCUUGAUUUCUCGUGUUCGCAUUACUAGUCCCAUAAAAGCAAUCAACAUGAAUAUAAUUAUUUUCUUGUAUAUCGCUUUGUUUGGCAACAUGGUAUUGGCUAGCCAUUUGGAGGAGGAUCAUGGUGGUUCAACAUAUGAAGAGAAAACAAAAACUGUGGAAAUUCCAAUUAUUAAGAAAUUUGCUAUACCUAUUCCGCAUCCUGUGCCUGUUGAAGUGCCUAAAGAAAUUAAAAUACCAGUGCCUCAACCGUAUAAGGUACCAAUCGAAAUCCCUCACCCAUACCCAGUGGAAGUCAUUAAACACGUCGAGAUACCCAUUGAAAAACCAGAGCCAGUUGUUAUCGAAAAGCAUGUUCCUUAUGUUGUGGAAAAGCCAUAUCCCGUUUACGUGGAGAAGAAAUUCCCUGUGCCAGUGGCGAAACCAUAUCCUGUUCAUAUCCCGAUCUACAAACACGUGGUCCAUUAUACGUCUUCCAAGGGUAAAGGAUGGAAAUAGAAUUCACGGAUAUUACGUAUUGUCUUAUCGUGUUCCAUCAAGAAAUCCAUUGUACGGAAAAAUCCUCUCGAUUUCAGCCAGUUCAACGAUUGUAUUAAUGUAAAUUUUUUGUGAUAUCUUGAGAAUUUUUUUAUUUGAAUUUGUUAACAAUAACUGUAUGUAGAUCUUCUCUUGAUAUUUAUAUUUAUUUCUGACUAAA